ACUAAUAUUGUGCGUGUGUACAUGCGCGCGGUUUAGUCAGUGCUUCAAACAAUAAUACCGUGCGGUAUUUACUUCCUCCCUUUAAAACACAAGUUGAUUUCUUUUUCUUUUUCUUUUUUUGCUAAGUAUUGGGCUCGAUGUAAUCAGAAAAGUCUGUGCUCCAGCAUGGCCACAGUCAAAUGACCGAAAGCAGAAAACAACGAAUAAACGCGGAUAAUUGAGUUUCUUUAGUUCGCUUGAGGUCUUCGUGAAAUAUUGGUGGUAAAGAAAUUACCUCCGUUAAAUAUAACUGUGACCUCUCGCAGUGUUUCCGAACAUGUCGGAAUCGAAAGAACUGGAUAAAGAUAAAGAGAAGAAAACAGCAGAGGAUGAUGAAGCGAAGAAGAAAGAACUGGAAGAACAGAUUCGGAAGCGGGUUGCGUCGGAAGAGAGAGCUUUCCGUAUUGUAAUGAAGCUUGUUGAAGAAACCGUUACCUUUGAGCAACUGAAAGACAUGGCUCACUUCGUUAUGCCUAACCAUUACCAUGACAUUUGUGAAGAACGAGCAAUUGUGAAACUUUGUGCUUAUCCCAUUUGUGCGAAUAAUCUGCCGAAUACAAAGCCUAAAAAAUAUCACAUAUCAACCAAAACCAAUAAAGUCUACGACAUUUCUGAACGUAAGAUUUUCUGCAGCAAUCGCUGUUUCAAGCAUUCAAAAAUCUUUGAGAAACAGAUUCUGACAUCCCCUUUGUGGUUUCGUCCCAAAGAAAAGCCUGCUGAUUUCCGUGUUCCAGAUACAGAAAAUGACAAGGGCUGGAUUGGAUAUGAAGUCAUUAGUAAAAAAAGUAACUUAAAUAAACUUAAUAUCUCUGAUGAGGAUACCAUAAUUGAUGCUGAAGAGGAAGAGGACAGCAGAGGUGUUGUGUCGAUCUUGGAACAGCAGGACUGGUUAGAUGAGCUCCAUGACAAUCUCUAUAGACCUCAGCCAAACGUUUCAAAACUCUCAACUAAAGAUUCUGACAUUGAUGAAGAUCCACUUCAACAUGUAAAUUCCGAAGAUGGUUCCGAUGGGGAUCUCUUACAAUCUGAAGGAUCAGAUGAAGAAAACGGUUCUUCUACAGAUAAAAAAAUUCUAGUGCGACUUCAAGGUAAUCUCCCUGAAUUAGGAAAUUUUUGUUCAGAUGAAACUGAUUCUGAUGAUGACAGGCCUUCAGUGACUUUAGUGACUACUUCGAGAAAAAAAAAGACGAAAGUGCCAAUGAAAGGGAAAAGUAGCCAGCCGCAUCUGUCGUCUGCAUCUGAGGUUUCUAACAAUAAAACGAAAUCUACUGGAGCGCAUUCUCAAAUAAAUCAGUUACAAAUUUUGCUUGAUAAACAGAAAAACAAACUGUCACAGUUUGUAAACCCUGUUUCAUUAGUUCACAAUGAACCAGAAUCACAGAGAACUGACAAGGAAGGAAACUACACGUGCAGGCACCACUCUUCGGGUUCUCAGACAUCAGGCACAGUAUCUUCUUGCUCAAAUUCUUCGCCUUCAACUAAAGACAAUUCCAAAAGUAGCAAUGUCAGUAAUGCAAAUCAUCAACGGCCACGAGAUAAAAUAAUCAAUUUUAUCCACUCUUGGAUUACCCCAAAAUCCCUUUGCUUCUUAGGUUUAUCAAGCCCUGAAGAACAACCUGACCCCUCAAAUGAUUCUGCUUCAAAAGAAUCCUCAGACUUUUCAAAACUCUGUGAAAGAGUUGCUAUCCAAGGUCAAGAUUUCGAAUGCCUGCUUGAUGAUCAUGUUCCUGGGAAAGAUAUUCUUCCUAAGAAGUCAUUACCAUCUUAUGAAAAUCUUCAGAAAGAAACAGAAAAUUAUUCCUUUAAAGUCAAAGAAUAUUUUAAACCAGCACCAAAGAAAAAGAUCGAUGAGACUGAAUCAAAUCUGGUGCUGCCAAAUGUUGAUUCUUAUUCUCAAGUAACCCUUAGAAGAUCUAUUUUCUUGCAACAACUUAGCAAAAGAAUUGAUGGCCUUAUCGGUGAUAUGGACCUCUUGAUUGGAGAAUUGUCAACAGAUAUCAAGGAUUUUGUACAUACAUUCAGUUUAGUGAAUACAAACAUUGUCCUGAAGACAAAAGAAUGGGAUGUUGCUGCUAUUUUCAUUAUUAUUUUGUUGUCCAAGAAAACAGCCAAACUUGAAACCAAACUACAGAAACCAAAUAUUCAAAAAAAAUUCAACAACAUUUUGCAGAAAUUUGAUUUGUCCUUACUCGAAGCUCAAACACUCGUGGCUGAGAAACUGUUGGUGCUAUGAUGCCUCUCUCUGUACAAAAUGUAAUAUUUAUGACCAUUCCAGAAAUGGGAACAUUUGUGACUGAAAUAUUCAAUUUUAUGAUGGAUCACUGCAUACAAAAUUGUUAAUUGCUUUGAUUACCGUUACAGUGAAUUAAUAAACUGUAUUCAAUCGGAA